AACGAGCACUGACUGAGGGAUAGAGGGAAGAUAACUACAGGAGGAGGAGGAAGCGCAUUGAGGGGCUUCCGUACACUGACUUCGUUUUUUUUUUUAAAAAGAAAGUUAAGAACUCCCAAAAGGGAGUUGGAUUUUUUUUUCUUAAAGCACUGGCUUUACAUUUUUUAGUUUAUUAAUAUAUUUUUUUAAAACAUGCAUUGGGUAGCUCGCAUUUUAACUGCAUUGACUUGUUUGGCUGCGUGCUGCUAUGGUGCUAUGGAUGAAUGUGUGGACGACUCAAACAGACCCCAACGCUGUAUGCCGGAGUUUGUGAACGCCGCUUUCAAUGUGACUGUCGUGGCCACCAACACUUGCGGACAACCGCAAGAAGAGUACUGCGUACAAACCGGGGUAACGGGAGUCACCAAGUCCUGCCAUAUAUGCGAUGCCAGGGACCCGAGGGUACACCACAGCGCAGUUUACCUCACUGAUUACAACAACCAAGCAGACACCACCUGGUGGCAAAGCCAGACCAUGAUAGCUGGCAUCCAGUACCCCAAUUCCAUCAACCUAACCCUACACCUUGGCAAAGCUUUUGACAUCACAUAUGUGCGGCUCAAGUUCCACACCAGUCGACCAGAGAGUUUUGCCAUCUACAAGCGCACAAGUGAGGAUGGCCCCUGGGUACCCUACCAGUACUACAGUGGCUCCUGUGAGAAAACUUACCAGAAGCUAAACCGAGGCUUCAUCCGGACUGGUGAGGACGAGCAGCAGGCGCUCUGCACUGACGAGUUCAGCGACAUCUCUCCUCUCACCGGGGGGAAUGUGGCCUUCUCCACACUCGAGGGACGGCCCAGUGCCUACAACUUUGACAGCAGCCCUGUUCUACAGGAUUGGGUAACAGCCACUGAUAUUCGGGUGACCUUAAACAGACUAAACACCUUUGGAGAUGAAGUUUUCAACGACCCCAAAGUCCUAAAAUCAUAUUACUAUGCAAUCUCCGACUUUGCAGUGGGCGGAAGGUGCAAGUGUAAUGGUCACGCCAGUGAGUGUUUGAAGAAUGAGUAUGAGAAGAUGGCGUGCAACUGCAAGCACAACACGUUUGGCAUGGACUGCGAAAAGUGUCUGCCUUUCUUCAACGACCGGCCGUGGAGGCGAGCCACCGCUGAGAACCCCAACGAGUGCCUGCCAUGCAACUGUAACGGCAAGUCUCGGGAGUGUUACUAUGACUCUGAGCUGUACCGCGCUACAGGACAUGGUGGACACUGCUUAAACUGUGAUGACAACACUGAUGGCCCCAACUGCGAGCGCUGCCGAGAUAACUACUACCGACUGGGGGCCGACGGCCACUGUCUGCCCUGUAUCUGCAAUUCAGUGGGAUCCCUGAGCACUCAGUGUGAUAAUUAUGGGCGCUGCAGCUGCAAACCAGGUGUGAUUGGUGAGAAGUGUGAUCGCUGUCAGCCUGGAUACCACUCGCUCACAGAGGCCGGGUGCAGGCCAUGCCAGUGCACCCCUGCAGGAAGCACACAGGAGUGUGAUGUUCAGACUGGCCGAUGCCAGUGCAAAGAAAAUGUUGAGGGUUUCAACUGUGACAGGUGCAAACUUGGAUAUUUCCACCUGGACCCAGUGAACCCCCGAGGUUGCACGGCCUGCUUCUGUUUCACACACUCUGCAGUCUGCGACAGCGGGGAUGGCUACAGCAUUAACACAAUCACAGCCACCUUUGAUAGAGAUGCUGAAGGCUGGCGGGGAGAGCAGCGUGAUGGCACAGAGGCCCUAGUACAAUGGUCCCCCAACAGCCGUGAGAUCUCCUUGAUAUCAGAAGAUUACUUCCCUAUCUACUUUGUUGCUCCAGAGAAAUUCCUGGGAAACCAGAUGCUGAGCUAUGGGCAGAACAUUUCUUUCAGUUUCCGUGUGGACCGCCGUGACACGCGCCUGUCUGCUGAGGACGUGGUGCUGGAGGGGGCGGGGUUGCGGGUUGCUGUGCCCCUCAUCGCCCAGGGAAAUGCCUACCCCAGUGAAAACAAGCAGACCUAUGUCUUCAGGCUGCACGAUGCCACUGACUAUCCUUGGAGGCCCAGCCUUGGUCAUGCUGAUUUCCAGAAGCUGCUUCACAACCUGACUGCAGUCAAGAUCCGCGGCACUUACAGUGAGAAAAGUGCUGGUUACUUGGAUGAUGUCACAUUGACAACUGCCCGUCGUGGUCCCGGAACCCCUGCCCGCUGGGUGGAGAAGUGUACCUGCCCUACUGGUUACUUAGGCCAGUUCUGUGAGCAGUGCGCCCCUGGCUACAAGAGGGCCAACCCCAGCCUUAGAUCAUUCAGCUCCUGUGAGCCCUGUACCUGCCAUGGACACAGCGACACAUGUGACCCAGAAUCUGGCAAUUGCUACUGUAGAGAUCACACUGAUGGCCUCAACUGCGAGCGAUGCGAGGAUGGUUACUAUGGAGACUCAACCAUUGGGAACCCUACUGAUUGCAAGCCCUGCCCCUGCCCGGGCGGAUCCAGCUGUGCCGUCGUCCCAAAAACAAGAGAGGUUGUGUGUACCAACUGCCCCACUGGCACCACAGGCAAGCGAUGUGAGCUGUGUGACGAUGGCUACUUCGGAGACCCCUUGGGUGCGAAUGGCCCUGUCCGAGCCUGUAAAGUGUGCCAGUGCAACAACAACAUCGACCCCAACGCUGUGGGCAACUGUGACCGGCAGACUGGGGAAUGCCUGAAAUGCACCUACAACACUGCUGGCUUCUACUGUGACCGCUGCAAUGACGGCUUCUUCGGCAACGCGCUGAACACCGACACUGCCGAUAAGUGCAAACCGUGUGGCUGCUCUCCAUACGGCACUGUGGACAGACAGACCACCUGCUCCCAGGUCACUGGCCAGUGCGAAUGUCUGCCUCACGUCACCAACAGAGACUGUAGUGCCUGCCAACCCGGCUUCUACAACCUGCUCAGCGGACAGGGCUGUGAACGGUGUGAUUGUAAUGCCAUUGGCUCCACGAACGGUCAGUGUGAUAUCCACAGUGGUCAGUGUGAGUGCCAGCCCGGGAUCACUGGUCAGCAAUGUGAGAGAUGUGAGGUCAACCACUUUGGCUUCGGACCGGAAGGAUGCAAACCCUGUGACUGUGACCCAGAGGGCUCUCGGACCCUGCAGUGCAAACAGGAUGGCCGCUGUGAGUGCAGGGAAGGCUUUGUGGGAAACCGCUGUGACAUGUGUGAGGAGAACUACUUCUACAACCGCUCACGGCCUGGCUGCCAGGAGUGUCCUGCCUGCUACUCGCUGGUGAAGGAGAAGGUGAACCAACAGAGGCAGAAGCUGCGUGAGCUGGAGAACCUGAUUGAAAACCUUGGCUCCAGCCAGGAGACGGUGAGCGACAAGGCAUUUGAGGACCGGCUCAAAGAUGCUGAAAAAGCCAUCAUGGACCUUCUUCAGGAUGCUCAGAACAGCAAGGAUGUAGAUAAAGGCCUUCUUGACCGUCUGCGUGAAAUCAACAACACCCUGACCACUCAGUAUGGCCGUCUGCAGAACAUUAACAGCACAGUGGAGAGCACAGGAGCUUUGGCAGACAGGUCCCGAGACCGUGUGCGGGAAGCAGAGAACCUGAUUGGUAACGCCCGCCGUAAGCUGGAGAAGGCCAAGGACGCCAUCUCGAAAGUGGACAUUAAACCUCCGACCUCGACUGGGGAUCCUAGCAAUAUGACCCUCUUGGCUGAGGAGGCUCGCAAGCUAGCAGACAAGCAUAAGAAGGAAGCAGAUGAAAUUGAGGAGACAGCUAAGAGUGCCAAUGACACCUCCACUGAAGCCUACAAUCUGCUACUGAAGACUCUGGCUGGUGAGGGACAGACCAGCAAGGACAUUGAUGAUCUCAAUAAAAAGUACAAUGAAGCGAAGAGCAUUGCCAAAGACCUAGAGAAGCAGGCCAACAAGGUCCAUGCUGAGGCAGAGGAAGCUGGAAACAAAGCAUUGCAGAUCUAUGCCAACCUGACCAGCCUGCCACCAGUAGACACCAAGGCGCUUGAAAACGAGGCAAACAAGAUCAAGAAGGAAGCUGCGGAACUAGACUCCCUGAUUGACAGGAAGGCUAAGGACUAUGAAGACCUGAGAGACGACCUCCGAGGGAAGGAAAUGGAGGUUCAAAAGCUUCUGGACAAAGGGAAAACCGAGCAGCAGACUGCAGACCAGCUGCUUGCUCGAGCAGAUGCAGCCAAGGCCCUGGCUGAGGAGGCCGCUAAGAAAGGGAGAGCCACUUACCAGGAGGCACAGGACAUUCUCGCCAACCUGAAUGAUUUUGACAGACGGGUGAAUGACAAUAAGACUGCAGCGGAGGAUGCAAUGAAGAAGAUCCCUGGGAUCAACGCGACCAUCAUCGCAGCCAAUGAGAAGACCAAGCAGGCCGAGGCGGCCCUUGGCAAUGCUGGGGCAGACGCCAAGGAGGCAAAAAAAAAAGCAGAAGAGGCUGAGAAGAUUGCCAGUGCUGUGCAGAAGAAUGCUGCAAAGACAAAGUCGGAUGCAGAGCAAACCUUUGAUGAUACGAUGAAGCUGGACGAUGAAGUGAGCAACAUGAUGGACCAGCUGAAGGCAGCUGAGGAUGAUCUGGCCAAGAAGGCGGCAGAGGCUGACCAGGACAUGAUGAUGGCAGGCAUGGCCUCCCAGGCUGCCCAAGAAGCUGAAGAUAAUGCCAGAAAAGCAAAGAAUGCAGUGAAGAAUGUCUUGGCCACCAUUAAUGAUUUACUCAGACUACUAGGGGACAUUGACAAUGUGGACCUCAACAAGCUGAAGGAGAUUGAGGAAUUGCUGGCUAAGGCCAAGAAGCAAAUGAAGGACAAUGAUCUGGACCGGAAGCUGGCAGAGCUGAACGGCGCUGCAAAGCAGCAGGAGGACAUGAUCAAGGACUACGACCGGCAGAUUGGGGAGAUCAGAGCGGACAUUGACAACCUGGAAGAUAUCAAGAACACACUACCUUCCGGCUGCUUCAACACCCCCUCCAUAGAGACACCCUAACCUAUGUGCAACCCCCACUUUACCAGCCGUUCAUCUAAUAUCAGAAGUGACAGUGCCUAUCUUUACCAAGAUCUCUUGUGUUUUUCUUUUUUUAAUUAAUUCAAUGCACAACACCAGCAUCUUUUUGGAUUUGUUUUUUUAAAUAAUUUUUUUUUAUUAGUACAUUUUUUAAUACUUUGGAGAAAAUUUAAAUGGUAAGAACUGCAGCUUGAUGCGCAGAAUAUAAUUUUUUUUUUUUUGGUGUCUGGUUCCAAUGUUGUGGUUGAGUGUCAGAUCUACAGUGUAUAACCCAGAUGACUGGGAACUGUUUUGUUUUUUCUCCAAGGAAGGCCAUGCAGGUCUAACCAACAGGCACACCCUUAUUUAACCAAACAGACUUAGCAGACUGUACAUGCAAGUUAUUCUCUUGGUUUCUGUUUUCAAAGUCUGUGGAAUAAAUAAGCUAUACAUGUAGGUUUGUCUCCUCUUUGAGACACAUUACAACUUACACAUCUCCUCUUUGAGACACAUUACAACGUGUUUAUCUAUCUAUCUAUCUAUCUAUCUAUCUAUCUAUCUA